GAAUGUGAUAAAAUGAUGACAGACACAUACGUAGACGCGUUUGUCUGAUUCACGUUUUUGGAACAGUAACUGACACUCAAAAAGUUGACCCUUUUGAUUCUAUGUUGUGAUAAGAAUAACAUGUUCCAUUUCCAUGUGAAAAGUUUCAACCUUUAGAACAUUUAGCAAACUUUGAGAUAAAGAGAGACUCUUUAAAACCCUUCUUCUGAAUUUCAUGUGAUUUCAAUCAUUGCAGCAGAAAACAUCAUUCAAGAUUUUGCUUCUUGUUUUGGUAUUGAAUGAUACUAUGGCUGGGAAACAAGACCGAUUAGAGAUUAAGUUUCGGUUGAGCGAUGGAUCGGAUAUUGGCCCGAAGAGUUUUGCUGCUGCUACGAGCAUUGCUACACUGAAAGAAAACAUUCUUACUCAAUGGCCAAAAGACAAAGAGUAUGGACCAAGAACUAUAAAAGAUGUGAAGUUAAUUUGUGCUGGAAAAGUAUUGGAGAACAACAAAACGGUAGAGGAAUGUCAAAGUCCAUUGUGCAAUCUUCCUGGCGGAGUUACAACAAUGCUUGUGGUGGUUCAACCACCGAAUUCGGAAAAAGAUAAGAAAGGAGGAAGUGAAGCAAGGCAAAGCAAAUGUGUUUGUGUUAUAUUAUAAGAAUGAAUGGAAGAUGUCAUCUUUUUUACUUGGUCAAAAGUCACAUUUAUAUUCAUUUUUAGCAUAAUGUAUGGCUUGCAAAUGUUUCAAGAUACAUAAGUUCUUUGGUUGUGAGCCUUACUAUAUUACUAUAGGUAAAAAGUUGUUGAGUUUGUGAAGAUUGUGAACUCAAGUCAGUUGGUUAUUGAUAUUUCAUUUUACAAUUAUUGA